AUGAAGCUACUUCGGCGCGCUUGGCGGCGCCGGGUGGCGCUGGGCCUGGGUGGCCUGGUAUUCUGCGGCGCCACGCUGCUGUACUUGGCACGCUGCGCUUCCGAGGGCGACACGCUCGCCGCCGCUAGUCGGCCCCGCACUAAGGCCUUCCUGGCGGUGUUAGUGGCCAGCGCGCCCCGCGCCACCGAACGCCGCAGCGCGGUGCGCAGCACGUGGCUGGCGCCUGGGAGGAGCGGCAACCCGGGCGACGUGUUGGCGCGAUUCGCCGUGGGCACGGUCGGCCUGGGCCCCGAGGAGCGUCGCACGCUGGAGCGCGAGCAGGCACAGCACGGAGACCUGCUGCUGCUGCCCGCGCUGCGCGACGCUUACGAUAACCUCACAGCCAAGGUGCUUGCCAUGCUGACCUGGCUGGACGAGCACGUGGACUUCGAGUUCGUGCUCAAGGCGGAUGACGACUCAUUCGCGCGCCUGGACGCUCUGCAGGCCGAGUUGCGCGCGCGUGAGCCCGCGCGCCGCCACCGCCUCUACUGGGGCUUCUUCUCUGGGCGUGGGCGCGUCAAGCCCGGGGGCCGCUGGCGGGAAGCCGCAUGGCAACUUUGUGACUACUACCUUCCCUACGCGCUGGGCGGCGGCUAUGUCCUCUCUGCAGACCUGGUGCACUACCUGCGCCUCAGCCGUGAUUACCUGCGCGCGUGGCACAGUGAGGACGUGUCGCUGGGUGCCUGGCUGGCUCCAGUGGACGUGCAGCGCGAGCAUGACCCACGCUUCGACACCGAGUACAAAUCUCGUGGCUGUAGCAACCAGUACCUGGUGACGCACAAGCAGAGUCCUCAGGACAUGCUGGAGAAACAGCAGACACUGCUGCGCGAGGGUCGGUUAUGCAAGCGCGAGGUGCAGCUUCGCCUCUCUUAUGUCUAUGACUGGUCUGCACCGCCCUCACAAUGCUGUCAGCGUAAGGAGGGCAUCCCCUGAUAGGAUGCACGCUCUGUGGCCUUUUCUUGGCACAGGCCAAGCUGCCAUGUUCUGGCCAGUUGUCUGGGGUGAGGCUAGCCUUCCAAGGGGACCUGAUUUACCAAAUGACUGACAAGUCUUUGGGGCUGAUGUCCAGCAGCAGCUGACAGCACCCAGUCCUCUACCGAAGCUCACCUACCUAGGGUGUGCACAUCAGUGGCCAUUGGCUAUGAGUUUGGAGACCACCAACUCCCCACCCCACCGUCCCGCAAAGUGGCAGUACAAUGCCACCUCCUAUGAGCCAGCUGGAGUGUGAGGGCAGGAGAGAUCUCCCCACAUAACUGGCCUGCAGCACUCUAAUUUGUGCCCCCCUUUUGUAUUCUGUGGCUUACUGCCCUAGAAAGCCCUGCACAGAGAUAUCCACAAACUGAUCUGUAGGCGAUGUGUUGAACUCACUUGUGUGUUGCCAAACAAAUGGCAUUUGCCAAAAUUGUCAUUGUACUGUUUGGACAGGUUACAUUCCUUUGUAUCUUCUGUCUAUCCUUUGUUAUGUGUUAAGUCUGAGAUUGAGUUAGUUUCAGAACAACUAGCUUUGAUGGUAUUUUUGGCCUCUAUGGAUUUAGUUGGGUAAAUAUAGUUAAGUUUGCCUGUGAUCUAUUUAUAAAUAUUGUAAGUUUGGUAAAUUUGUGUGGAUUAGAGUUUUAACUUGGGAAUGUGCAAAAAUUAUUUAAGAAAAGACUUGUGUCCGAACUUGGAAUCUGUGGAUUAAUCUGUCAACAGCUUGAGUGGCCAACCCCACUGCUGGAUGUGUUUAAACAUGGAAGAAUUUUUAAACUGUC